AUGGAUCAUUCUCUGAAUCGUUCAUCAAGGAGCAGAGUAGUAGUUGGCAGCAAAAACCCAAGUGGUUCUGAUGAGGAAAGUGGAUGGACAUCUUACUUGGAAGACUUCUCCAAAGGCAUAGAGCCCAGUUAUUGUUCCAGUUUGGAUGGUUCCUCUUUGCUCUCAGAUGCUGCUUCUUCUGCUGCAUGCAAAUUUUCUCAUCAUCUUCUUUCUUCCCCGUCUUUCAAAGGUAGUAAUACCACUGCCCCAAAUCUACCCAACAAGUUGAGUUUCAAGAAAGCAAGAACCAAACAGAUAUCAGAGUAUGACCCUUUGGAAGACACUGCUAGUUCUCCAGUCAAUAGCCCCAAGGUGAGAGACUUGAAUCCAGCUGAAAUCAGUCCUAGAAAGGUUGAUGAUCAACUAGGAGGUUCUAUGGGUAAGGGGUUCACAUCAUCAGAGCAUUAUUCAGAGGAUGAUAACAAGCAUGAAUUAAAAUUUAAUGGAAAGAACAUCGAUUGCACAGACUUGAAGAAAAGGGGGUUAUGCCUUGUUCCUUUGUCUUUGUUGGUUAAUUAUUUGGGGUGA